AUGGCGGCGCGUUGCAACACGCCUAGUGUCAACCUCCUAUCCCUCCUCCUCCUCCUCCUCCUCUCCAGCGCACUCCUCGUCACCGCCGCCGGCAACUCCGCCAAGGACGCCUGCUCCAAGGCGCCAGACCAGCAGUUCUGCGUGGCCUUCCUGGCAGGCAUCCCGGAGAGCAUGACGGUGGACGCGCGCGGGCUGGCGGAGCUGGGCAUCCGUGCCGCGGCCAAGAUCGGCGCCGCGGAGGGCACGGCCGCGCGCACCCAGCUGAACCUGGUCACGAUCAAGGGCCUGCAGUGGCAGUGCAUGGACUCGUGCGUCGCCGACGUGGAGGAGGCCGUCUCCCACCUCGACGUCGACAGGGGCAAGGGCGGCGUCACCGCCAUGGACGACGCCAAGUUCAACGACGCGCGCGACUACGUGGAGAGCGCCGAGAAGGACGGGCUGACGUGGAACUGCGACCAGUGCCGGGAUGGCCUCACGGCGCCCGUCAAGACCGGGCUGCUACCCAAAGGCAACGAGUUCGAGAAGGUCAUGGGGGCCGUCACUGCCCUCAUCAAGCGGGCCGGUGGGAGCGCCGCGCCGGCGCCAGCGCCCGGCCCGUCCUGA